UCCUAGCCCCUCUCUCGCUGCCCAACCGCUCGUCUUGCUGUUCUGUUUUUGUUGUGUUUGAGAUACUUUUGUACCCUGUGUUUAGUGUUUAGUGUUGAAGGUAAAAAUCUGCAGAAUAUGUCAAGCAUAAUACUUUUCGAGGAUAUUUUUGUGGUUGAUAAGCUUGACCCAGAUGGUAAAAAGUUUGAUAAAGUUACUCGUAUGGAAGCCCGGAGCCAGAAUUGUGAUAUGUUCAUGCAUCUAGAUGUGAAUUCAGAGAUAUAUCCUAUGCAUGUCGGUGACAAAUUCACGAUGGCAUUAGCUCACACUCUGAACUUGGAUGGAACACCUGACACUGGUUAUUACACUCCGGGGAGGAAGUCUCUUGCAGAUAAGUACGAGUAUGUCAUGCAUGGGAAGCUAUACAAGAUAUCAGACGAUGGUUCAGCGAAAGGACUUAAAGCGGAGAUCUAUGUUUCAUAUGGCGGGCUUCUGAUGAUGCUCAGGGGAGAAGCUUCUCAUGUCUCCCAGUUUGAACUUGACCAGAGACUGUUUCUUCUCAUGAGGAAGCUGUAAAAAUUUUGUUAUAUCUAACAUAUCGCUUGAACUUGGCUACAUAAUGUGACCUUCUGGGUGGUUGGGUGAUAGCAUAAAGCGUGACUCUCCUUGGCAGAGACUGGUGUAAUCUUGAAUUUCCUUUAAAUUAUGCUGGAAGCAAACAGUAGUUGAGUUGGAAUUGGCUGUCAUGACAUUCCAAGUGUUUAUAACUCUUGCAACUGUGGUAAUUUUGUUCAUGCUAUUGUUAUAUUCUGUAAAACUGGCAUUGUCAUGUAGACCAAGCCUCUGCAUGCAAGGGUUUGAGUAUGGUUCCCCCUUCAUUCUCUGAUCACCCAUCUUGUUAUUGAUCUGUAAUAGAUUUGUUAAUGACUAUACAGGGUUGUUUUGUGCUUUAAAUUUAGUAAACCAAUAAGUCCUUGUUUUU